AUGCGCGGCAAGAGCAGAAAGGAGAGCCUUUCCGAUUCCCGGGACCUCGAUGGUUCCUACGAUCAACUAACCGGCAAUCCAUCUGGUCAUGCUAAAAAAGCCCUGAAGCAGCGGUUCCUCAAGCUGCUCCCCUGCUGCCGCCAGCCUAAAUCCAUCCCCUCAAUCAGCGAAAACAGCAUAGAGGAUGACUUUGAGCUCUCCACGGUUUGUCAUCGGCCUGAGGGUCUGGAACAACUACAGGAACAAACUAAGUUCAGCCGCAAAGAGCUACAAGUCUUAUACCGAGGCUUCAAGAACGAAUGCCCUAGUGGGAUUGUUAAUGAAGAGAGCUUCAAGCAGAUCUACUCACAAUUCUUCCCACAGGGAGAUUCUAGUACAUAUGCAACUUUUCUUUUCAACGCAUUUGAUACUGACCACGAUGGCUCUGUCAGUUUUGAGGAUUUUGUAGCUGGUUUAUCCAUUAUUCUCCGUGGCACUAUAGAUGAUCGGCUCAGUUGGGCCUUCAAUCUCUACGAUCUGAACAAAGAUGGCUGUAUCACCAAAGAGGAAAUGUUGGAUAUAAUGAAAUCCAUUUAUGACAUGAUGGGCAAGUACACUUAUCCAGCCAUGAGCGAAGAUGCACCCCAGGAACAUGUGGAAAAUUUUUUCCAGAAAAUGGAUCGGAACAGAGAUGGUGUGGUGACUAUUGAUGAAUUCAUUGAAUCCUGUCAGAAGGAUGAAAACAUCAUGAGUUCCAUGAAGCUUUUUGACAAUGUGAUCUAG